GCAGCGCGCCGAUCUACAAGUGAGGGAGAGUGUGUGCGUGCCGCCGCAAGUGCUGACUUCUACAGAAGUAACAUUUGAAUCUUCUUGGGAAACAUGAAAACAAAGAACUGCUUUUUAAAUAUCUUUCAGAACAAUUGACACGUUCCAGGGAAAAGCAGUUGGGUUUUUUUCUGCGAAGUUCAGAAGAAUCUGCGUUCUCUGGGAUUUUAAAGAAUUAUAAAAUGAAAACGGUUUAAGUUAGCCUUCAAAAUGAACAUUGGGAAGUCCGAUGACAAAGCAAAGAAUGGCUUGAAAUCUUCCUUACUUAUAAGGGAUGAAAAUGGAAAUAGCUAUGCAUGUGACAGAGGUACACCUUCCUCAGAGAAUUGUGCUGACAAAAUACAUGAUCAUUCAACUGACCAAAAUACAGCAGCUGAGCAUGAAGGUGAUACCAUUUUUGAACAUAAGGGUGACUUCAGAAGUCUUUUAAACAAGCAGUGUAUUGAAGUACUUGAUCUGCAGAAGAUAUCUGGCAAAUACAGCUGCACGGGAGCUCCAAUGGGAGAUAUGGAUGCUACACGCAAGUCUUCUGUGACUCAACAGACUUGUAUGUGUCCUUUGAACUGUGGCUUGGAAACAUCAACAAGCUUAGCAAAAGGUGAUUUUGCUAUGGCAAAAAUGCAAAAUCAGAGUAUCAAACACUUAGUGCCUUACAGUCAGACUGGCUCUAAGUCUAUACUAACUCUUCCUGCUUCAGAGCAGAGCAUGCAGUCCCUGAAGAAUGACAGGGCAUACUGCCAGCUGAGCACAUUGUAUGUUACUAAUGUUACAGCUGAAAAUCUGAGAACUGAUCAAAAUGAUGACAUGCAUCUGGGGGAAACAUCAGUCUCUUCUGAAGUAUGUAUCAGAGAGAAAUUUGAUAGAACCAGCUCAGAAAAAACACCCAGUUUAACCUCUGCAGGUGUUGAACACCAUCAAAAAAACCACAUCAAUACUGGUAAAGGAAACUCGCAGGAAACAGCAGCACAGGCUGUAGAACUACCUGCUGGAUGUAUAGAUCCUUAUAAACAAGAUGCAUUAUCACCAUGCAUUAAUAUUAAUGAGGAUGACCAAGUGAAAUCCUUGCAGAUUAUUCCUUGCCAUGAUGAAACUGAGAUUUCCAGUGCUGAAACAUGCAUGGAUAGUCUUGUAAAUAGUGUGCACCUUCUCCCAGUAGAUCAGAUGGAAGGAGAACAAGUAUCAAACAAAACUAGUGAAUUUUUAACCAAAGAACAAAGUAUCUCUGGAAAUGCUGCUCUUCAGAAUAUGCACAACAUUCCUUCUGUAUCUUGCAGUGUUCCAAAAUUAAAGAAGACGGUUAUGCCUGAGGUGAAAUGUGAAGCAACUUUUGUGGUCUUCAGUCCAACAGUUGAUGGAAGUGAUUCAUCUCUAUAUACUUCAACUCCUAAAGAACGGUCAAAAAAUAGGACUUUUUCUGUUCCAGCUUUGAAAGAACUUGGAGACAAGUCUUCUAGACUAAAACCAAAUGAAGCAUUUGUAGGAGGGCAUAACAGAAGGUCUGGGCUUAAAUCUAGUUCAGAUCAAACUGCAAGAAAACCAAUGGGCAGAUCCUCUGUUGCAUCAACAUUAACCAAAACAAAGAAAUCAGAGAUAGUUAGUUUUCCCAAACCUAAUUUUAAAAAUGUUAAGCCAAAAGUUGUGUCUAGACCUGUGCUACAGCCAAGAGACAGUGCAGUAUUAAAACAGUCUCCUAAGUCCCCUCAACUAUCAUCUGUUUCCUCACCUUCAAGGGUUGGUUCCCCAAGGCAAUUUUCCUCCUCUAUAAAAGUGCUGAAAAAUCCAGUAGAUCUAGCUAAAGAUACUAAGGUGGAAUUGCCUGUAAAUAAGCCCCACAAGCUACAUGUUAACAAACACCUCUUCACUAACCAAGUUGGACAUGCUACAGCACAUCCCAGAAACGCUUCCCACAAGGUUUCAAGAACACCUACAUUAAAGCAAAGUCUUCAAGACACUGACAAAGCAAGCACUACCCAUUUGGCGUGCUCCUUGGCUUCUGCUGUGCUUCCAGCAUCUGGGGAGAACUUGAAAGAGAUGCUAAAUGAUAAAAUGGAAGGUUCAAACUCCUUAAUGAUGCCUUGUACUCAAAACAUCGACCUGACCAAAGAUGAAAAAGAGCAAAGCAGCAACAUGGGAGUGCUUCUGGAAGCAACAUUGGUAAAAGAUAUGGCAAAUGAAACAUUUGAUGUGCACUCUGAUCCUUUGAUACCUUCUGUGAAAGACGGGACAGCACAAGGGGAAAACAUACCAAAGAAAGACCAAAUCACACUACGAAGUGUAUUAACUCCCAAGGUUAAAACAGGGCCAUCUGUGUUGACGUUGAAGAGAGGAUGUGAAAAUAAAAGUAUCAGCACUAUUAAAACACCUUCUCACAAAGAAGCUCUUCUGUUAUCAAGCUCUGGUGUAGGAUCUUUGCCAGGAGAGAAGCAUGCUUCAGUGAAAAAUUCUUCAGCCUCCUGGACUACUUCUGGUAAAUCCCUUGCCAAAUCCAAAGUGCCUGUCAAAAGAUCAGUUCUUGAAAGAACAACUAGCCUCUCAUCAGUCAGCAGUGCUCAGAGUGAGCAAAGUCUUUUCAGCAUUAAUUCUUCAAGUGCCACAGUCAUCAGGAAUGGAGAAUGGCCUUCAAAACCAGCCUGCCAGAAUGGCACUUCGGGGUCUGUCCCUUUGAAAGCAUUAUCAAGACCUAGAUUGCACUCAUUGAGGACAAGUCCAAAAGGAGCCAAGACCAGGUCUGCUUCGCUGAUCCAGUGCACACCAAAAGCAUCUGGACCUCUACACUUAGCAAGGAAAGUCGGUGAGACUAGAGGUACUCCUGGAAGAAAUGUACACCAAAGCCUAUCUUGUUUGGGUCCUGUUGACAAGGGCAAGCAGCGGAGUCCCAGGAGCUCAUGCACACAGACUCAAGCUUCCACAGAUGCACGUUCACCUGGCACAAAAGCAGCCGAGUUGACACAGUACAAAACAAAAUGUGAGACCCAAAGUGGAAUCAUCCUGCAGCUGAAAAAAUUCCUGACGUCCAGUAACCAGAAGUUUGAAGCAUUAACAGUUGUCAUCCAGCACCUGCAGUCCGAGAGGGAGGAAGCAUUGAAGCAGCGGAAAGAGUUAUCUCAAGAACUAGUUAACCUUCGAGGAGAACUAGUAACCACUUCUGCAGCUUGUGAGAAAUUGGAAAGAGACAGGAAUGAACUGCAAGUUGCUUAUGAAGGGUUUUUGCAGAAGUUAAACCAGCAACAUCAUGAUGACUUAGCUGAGCUGGAGGAGAGGCUUAAACAGUUUUACACUGCAGAAUGUGAGAAACUCCAAAGUAUCUGCAUUGAGGAAGCUGAAAAGUACAAAGCCCAACUCCAGGAGCAGGUGGACAAUUUAAAUACCACACAUGAAAGUUUUAAGCUGGAACUCGAAAACCGACACUCAGAAAAAGUAGAGGAGCUGAAAAAGGAGUAUGAAUCCUCUUUUUCAGAGCUCAAGAAUACCCAUGAAUCUGAAAGGAAGUCACUUGAAGAAUCCUUUAAAGAGAAGCAGAAAUUGCUGGAGAAAAAAAUCGAUGAACUAAAAAGUGAAAACAACUCUCUGAGUGAGAAGCUGAAAUUAGAAGAACAAAAACAAAUAGCCAAAGAAAAAGCCAGUCUUAAAAACCCACAGAUUAUGUACCUGGAACAGGAGCUGGAAAGUUUGAAAGCAGUGCUGGAGAUCAAGAAUGAGAAACUCCAUCAGCAGGAUAUAAAGCUAAUGAAGAUGGAAAAGCUGGUGGAGAAUAACACAAUCUUAAUGGAUAAAUUAAAGAAGGUUCAGCAAGAAAAUGAAGAAUUAAAAGCUCGGAUGGACAAACACAUGGAGCUUUCAAGGCAACUUUCUACAGAGCAAGCUGUUUUACAGGAGUCAUUAGAGAAAGAAUCAAAAGUAAACAAACGCUUGUCAAUGGAAAAUGAAGAACUUUUGUGGAAGUUGCACAAUGGUGACCUAUGCAGUCCAAGAAAACUGUCUCCCAGUUCUUCAUCUGUGCCUCUUCAGUCCCCACGGAAUUCUGGUAACUUCUCUAGUCCUGCAGUGUCACCAAGAUGACAUCUCUUGAGAGAAAGAGGGGCCUGCAUUUCAUUUCUGAUCUGCAGAACCUUUCCUAACUUUAACCACAGGAGCAAGAGCUAUAUUAGCCACCUAUGACAACUAAAAAUAACUGGAAACUAUUUGGUGCAAAAACAGCGAUAGGAGACUGUGAAUAUGGGAGUAAGACAUUCAUUCCUCCCAAAAAGACUUAUGACCUCUAUGGACAUCGUUGCACAAAGCACUUAUAGAGCAAGAAAAGACUUGUUUGUUGCCUUUUCACCUAACCAUAAGAAGAAGCUCAGGGGCUUAGAGAUAAAGAUCACAACCUUUAUAAUAUGUUCCUCAUCACUGACACUUUUUUAAGGCUGUGUGUGUGCGUGUGUGCGUGUGCCAUGGAUGGAAUGGGUGUAACACACUGUGUGUGUGUCUAAUGCUGCCUUCUUUGCUGUGUACGUAAUAAAGGAUAAAACCUGAACACUAUA